CAGUUUGAAGAAAAGUUUUCUGAGGAAAUAAUCAAAGUUCUUAAGGCAUGAUUCGAUACCUGAUUCUAGCUGCUUUGGUACCGGCCAUAUUGGCCAACACCGAAGGAGUAACAAGUUGUUCAGGAAACCCACCCCUUCCAACCCAGACUACGGUUUUGGGUUGCAGCCAAACUCCCUGUGACAUCAAGCUGGGAGAACGCACAGGAAUUGAGUUCAUCUUCACAGCCCCUCGUGACAUUCCAACUUUCAAACCUAAGGCUCGAGCCUAUGUCCUAGGUAUCGGCAUUGACCAUUCACUUCCAGAAGACAUCACUGAAAAUGCUUGCAAAAACCUCUCUGCUGGAGAAUGCCCCAUCCCCGCAGGAACAGUUGUUGCUUACAAUUUCCAGCUCGUCGUAAGCUCCAGCUAUCCACCCACAAACAACAUCGACGUAGAUAUCUCUCUAGUUGAUCAGAACAACAGCGUAAUUGCUUGCAGUCGCAUUCGCAUCAACGCCAUCCGAUAAAUCUGGCAUUUCUAUUCCGUGCCAAACAUGUCAUAUAGAGAUAAUGUACAUUGUAUGGGAGAUCAAAGUGAUAACAAUUUGUAGAAUAAACAGUUUUUUCGCUUUUUAAA